AUGGCAAAAGAAAGCAAUUAUUACGAGUAUGUUUACACUAACGUCAACAGCAAUCAAAUAUUACAACGAAAUCCUGAUACAGAUGUAGCAUAUAUCCAAAUCGGAAAUGAAAUAAAAGAAUUUGCUACAGGAGGACCUUAUACUGUGGGUGCUGCUAUAGAUGUCUACGUUGGCGAUGUAUGGGUAAUGGCGGGUCAGAGUAACAUGCGCGGUCAUGGGUGGCUUCAAGAUCCCUAUACGUUAGAAGAUUUGACCGUACCUGCAGAGAAGGGAAUCUCCUUAUUUAACUCAAGCGAAGUUUGGACAAUUGCAAGUGAUCCAUCUCAUCAGCUUUAUCUUUCACCGAGAUCGGUGCAUCAUACUUUACCAGAUCCCACUGUUCGCGAACCAGGAAUCCUCAAGUACAGGGGUGCGUCUUUGGGGUUAGCAUUUGCAAAAGAAUAUAUACUGUGGAGUAAAGAGCAUAGGGAUAAUAAGAGUGUACCUGUUGGCUUGGUUGCCUGCGCUCACGGUGGAACAACACUGGCUGACUGGAAAAGGCCCAACGUGUUAGACAGAGACACUGCUGAUACAAGUCUUUAUGGCGCCAUGCUACAUAAAAUUCGGAAAGUAGGUCGGAUUGCUGGUGUGCUAUGGUAUCAAGGCGAAUCAGAUGCUACAACUUUUGAGGCUGCUAAAACGUACGCUGCUACAUUUACCAGAUGGCAGAAAGACCUGCAAAUGGACGUUCAAAAUGAUAGCCUUCCUAUAGUGUUCGUUCAAAUUGGUCCCCAUCGUCUUGAUUCAGCAGAAAUGAAGGAAAAUUGGUGUAUAGUACAACAGCAACAAUAUAGCCUAUUUUCGGCUAGGAAACAUACUGCUGGAGUUACAAGUAUUGACUGCGCUUUGGACGAUCGUCUUCAUCUAUCCGCUAAAGGUUUGACAAAAAUAGGCAAAAGAAUGGCCGAAGCAUCUAUGCAUGCUAAAGAAGGAAAUGGACCUCUUUUGGCUUUCCAACUCAUGUCAUAUCAAUAUGCACUCAGUUCUGAUCGUGUACUUUGUGAUAAGGUUGCACCUGCACUUUAUCUAUAUUACAACAUUGAGGAGACUAAUUUGAAAAAAGCUUGGUUAAAAAAUACCGUAGAAGAGGUUUAUGGAUUCUCCAUCGAGUCUGAAGAGAAGGGCGUCCAAAUUUUAACAGCCACAAUGAACCAUAAAACAACUUCCAUCCGUUUGGUGCUAACCAAAAAACCCGAAAAGCCGAUUUAUGUGAGUUAUGGAAUAAAUGGAGUAGGAGUCAAUGUUACUCUGGGAAGAUUCACAUUGCCAGCUUUUUAUCGCCUCAAGAUUAUGCCCCUGGAUACAAAUAACCCAACGGAACUUACUCCCGUUCUUGACUCGAAUUUCGUUCUAAAUAUAGAGAACGAACAUAAUAUUACUGUGCGCCAUUAA